AUUAGACAAUUAAUUUGUUAAAUACUUAAACAUAAAAUGUGAAUACAUUUUGGACGAACACAAAAAUAUGUUCUAAAGUGUAUUUUUUGUUUGUUUUGAAGUUCAUAUUUCAUUUACGUUCAUAGUUCGAAGUUAAGAUUCAUCCUUGAAAUGCUCAGCCCUGACAUAAAUGACUAUCAGUUAACUUCUAUAAUAACGGAGUGCUCUGACGGUGGAGCUGUCGUUUAUUCGGCAUUGUACAAACCUAAUAACACAAAGGUAGCAAUAAAAAGGUAUUUCGUGGACAGAGGAAAAGAAAAAGCAACUUUGAUCCAGCAAGACGUAUUGACAAGGAAAGAGCUGCAUCAUGCUAAUAUACUCCCGUAUUUGGCGUCUUUCGUCCACGGCCGCGAAUUAUACGUGGUCUCUCCGCUCAUGAGCUUCGGCUCGUGUCGGGACAUCCUGGACCGAUAUUUUCCCGAAGGAAUCUCGGAGCUGGCCUGCGCAAUCGUACUGAGGGAUGUACUGCAAGCGUUGCAGUAUUUACACAAGCAAUUGUACAUACAUAGGAGUGUACGUGCGAGUCACGUCCUCAUAGGGGCGAACGGCGUGGCCCGACUGUCGGGGCUCCGGACCGCGGCCAGCAUGAUGGUGCGCGGCCAGAGACAACGGAAGCUCCACCUCCUGCCGCCGCCCGACCACGACAACGCCAACCUCAUGUGGCUGAGCCCCGAGGUCUUGGAACAGAAUCUCAAGGGCUACGACGAACGCUCUGACAUUUACUCGUUCGGAGUGCUCUGCUGCGAACUGGCCAACGGGGCGGUCCCGUUCGCCGAAGUCCCCACGACCCUCAUGUUCACGGAGAAGGUGAAGGGCAGCCGCCCCCAGCUCCUCGACUGUUCCACCUUCCCUGAACCCUGCCUCGAGGAUAACGAGAUGAAAAGUAUGUACAACACGGAUAGUGGAGUCGGCGACAGCGCGGACGCGGUGUCCCGGCUGCGGCAGGUGUACGCGACGAGGAAGCUGUCGGAGACCUUCCACCAGCUCACCGACGUGACGCUGCAGAGGGACCCGGAAAAAAGACAUUCGGCCUCUCAACUCCUAAACCACGCGUUCUUCAAGCAGAUCCGAAGAGCGGACUUCCUGCCCGGACUCAUAGGACGCGCCAAGCCCAUCAAACCUGACCCCGAUUACAUGACGGCCCUCUCGAUCCAAGAACAACUCUCCGAGAUGGUUAUCGAGAAAUCGACCGAAUGGGAUUUUUAAUUUAGAUACGAAUUAAAUUAUUUAUGAAAAUAAUAUAUACAUAUAUAAAUAUA